ACCAACACAAACACAAUGGAGAACCAUAACAAGGUACUAAUGCUAAUGGUGUGUACUUUCUUCUUUUUCUCCAUGCCUACUUACUCUAUUCAGAACACUCUUACUUCAAAUCAGUUUAUCCAAUACAACGAUACCCUUGUUUCUGCAGCUGGAACCUUUGAAGCAGGAUUUUUCAACUUUGGAGAUCCACAACAAUACUUUGGUAUAUGGUACAACAGCAUAUCACCAAGGACUUAUGUGUGGGUUGCCAAUAGAAACACGCCUGCACAAAACUCAACAGUAAAGAUGAAACUUACUGAUCAAGGAAGUCUUGUUAUUCUUGAUGGUUCCAAAGGCAUUAUCUGGAACUCCGAUUCGUCAAGGAUUGGAGUGGAACCAGUUGUUCAGCUUUUGGAUUCAGGAAAUCUUGUUGUAAAAGAUGCAAACAACACUCAGAACUUUUUGUGGGAAAGUUUUGAUUAUCCUGGUGACACUCUACUUGCUGGAAUGAAGCUGAAAAGUAAUUCAGUUACUGGUCCAUAUAGAUAUCUCACAUCUUGGAGAAGUCCUGAAGAUCCUGCUACAGGAGAGUAUUCAUAUAGGAUAGAUAUGCAUGGUUAUCCUCAACUUGUUACUGAAAAGGGAUCAAGAAUUCUGUAUAGAGGAGGGUCAUGGAAUGGAAUUCUUUUCACUGGUGUUCCUUGGCAAAGAUUGUAUAGAAUAUAUAAUUUCUCAGCAGUGAUCACUGACAAAGAAUUCUCUUAUCAAUAUGAAAAUCUUGACAAUUCAAUUAUUACAAGAGUAGUGCUAGACCAAAAUGGAAUUACACAACGUCUUACAUGGUCGGAUAGGACACAAAUUUGGGAGGCUACUAGUACUCGUCCUGCAGACGAGUGUGAUGUUUAUGCUUUGUGUGGUAUCAACUCUAAUUGCAAUGUUACUGACUUUCCAAAUUGUAAAUGCUUGGAAGGUUUUGUGCCAAAAUUUCAAACAAAAUGGAAGUCAUUGAAUUGGACUGAUGGGUGUGUAAGGAAAACAGAUUUAAAUUGUUCCCAUGGAGAUGGAUUUUUGAAGUACACAAGCAUGAAGUUGCCAGAUACAUCAUCAUCAUGGUUUAACAAGAGCUUGAGCCUUGAGAAAUGUAAAACAAUGUGUUUGAAAAACUGUUCUUGCACUGCAUAUGCAAAUUUAGAUAUUAGAAAUAAUGGGAGUGGCUGCUUACUUUGGUUUGACAACAUUGUGGACAUGAGAAACUUUCCAGAUCAAGGACAAGACAUUUACAUACGACUCUCAUCUUCAGAAUUAGUAUAUACCUCAGAUCCUAAAAAGAAUAAGAGGAACUCAAAGCAUGCUGGGAUUAUUGCAGGGGUUAUUGCACUCAUUAUAGGACUAACCCUUAUUGUAAUGGUCACAUUAGCAUAUAGAAAGAAGCUUGGAUGCAUACGAAACUUAUUUCAAAAGAAGGAUAUGGAAGAUGGUGACUCAGCUACUAUAUUUGAUUUUUCGACCAUCACUAGUGCAACAAAUCACUUCUCUAACAGAAACAAGUUAGGAGAAGGUGGUUUUGGACCAGUUUACAAGGGCAUAACGGUCGAUGGCCAAGAGAUUGCUGUUAAGAGGCUUUCUAAAACAUCAAUACAAGGAAUUGAGGAAUUCAAAAAUGAAGUAAAGUUGAUGGCAACACUUCAACACCGAAAUCUUGUAAAACUUCUUGGUUGUUCUAUUCGACAAGAUGAAAAGUUGUUGAUCUACGAAUUCAUGCCUAACAGAAGCUUGGAUUACUUUAUUUUUGAUACUAUACGAAGCAAACUACUAGAUUGGACAAAGCGCUUGGAAAUUAUUGAUGGGAUUGCUCGGGGGCUGUUGUAUCUACAUCAGGAUUCUAGACUACGAAUCAUACAUAGAGAUCUGAAGACAAGCAAUAUUCUUCUUGAUAUUGAUAUGAUCCCAAAUGUAUCAGAUUUUGGUUUAGCCAGAUCAUUUAUGGGAGACCAAGCUGAGGCUAAUACAAAUAGAGUGAUGGGAACAUAUGGAUAUAUGCCUCCAGAAUAUGCAGUGCAUGGAUCUUUCUCAAUAAAAUCUGAUGUUUUUAGUUUUGGAGUCGUUGUUCUUGAGAUAAUUAGCGGUAAGAAGAAUAGCGGAUUUUGUGACCCUCGACGUCGUCUAAACCUUCUUGGGAACGCAUGGAGAUUGUGGAUUGAAGAAAGGCCAGAGGAGCUAAUAGCUGACAUAUUAUACGAUGAGGCCAUAUGUUCGGAAAUAUUAAGAUUUAUUCAUGUGGGUCUAUUGUGUGUACAACAGCUACCAGAAGAUAGGCCUAACAUGUCUUCUGUGGUCCUUAUGUUAAAGGGUGAAAAGUUACUCCCCAAACCAAGUGAACCAGGGUUCUACGCAGGUAAAAAUAAUAUGAAUAGCGCAGGAUCUUCAAUAAAUGAAGCUACAAUCUCAUUGUUAGAGGCCAGAUGGAUCCAAUGUUUGGUUGUGUGGGUUGUUUUCAAGAUUCUCAUGUACUUGUGUGGCUGGAUUUACAUAAAACUUGGAGAUGCCAAUGCUUUUUCAAAUAUUUUAAGACAAACUAACACAAACACUAUGGAGAACCAUAAUAAGGUGCUAAUGCUAAUGGUGUGUACUUUCUUCUUUUGCACCAUGCCUACUUACUCUAUUCAGCACACACUUACUCCAAAUCAGUUUAUACAAUACAAUGAUACCCUUGUUUCUACAGCAGGAACCUUUGAAGCAGGAUUUUUCAACUUUGGAGAUCCACAACGGCAAUACUUUGGUAUAUGGUACAACAACAUAUCACCGAAGACUAUUGUGUGGGUUGCCAAUAGAAACACACCAGUACAAAACUCAACGGCAAUGAUGAAACUCAAUGAUCAAGGAAGUCUUGUUAUUCUUGAUGGCUCCAAAGGCAUUAUUUGGUCCUCUAAUUCAUCAAACAUUGUGGUGAAAUCAGUUGUUGUGCUGUUGUUGGACUCAGGAAACCUUGUUGUGAAAGAAGCAAAUAGAAGUAGCGAGAAUGAGGAUUUUCUGUGGGAAAGUUUUGAUUAUCCAGGUAACACUUUCCUUGUUGGAAUGAAGCUCAAAACUAAUUUAAUUACUGGUCCAUAUAAAUACCUCACAUCUUGGAGAAACCCUGAAGAUCCUGCUGAAGGUGAGUUUUCGUAUAGGAUAGAUGCACGUGGUUUUCCUCAACUGGUUAUUGCAAAGAAAACAAUAUUAUUGUAUAGACAAGGCUCAUGGCAUGAAGAUGCUGAUCUUUUCACUGGUAUUUCUUGGCAAAGAUUGUUUAGUGCCUUGAGUUUCUCAGUAUUUCUCACCGACAAUGAACUCUCAUAUCAAUAUCAAUCUUUGAACAGUUCAAUUAUUACUAGAGUGGUGCUAGACCCGAAUGGAAUUUCACAACGUUUUCUAUGGUCAGAUAGGGUACAAAUUUGGGAGUCCAUAAAAUUUAAUCCUGCAGAUCAGUGCGAUCUUUAUGCCAUGUGUGGUAUCAACUCUAACUGCAAUAUAAAUGACUUUCCAACAUGUGAAUGCUUGGAAGGUUUCAUGCCAAAAUUUCAAACAAAAUGGAAUUCAUCGAAUUGGUCUGAUGGGUGUGUAAGGAAGACACCUUUAAAUUGUCUCCAUGGAGAUGUUUUUUUCAAUUACACGGGCAUGAAGUUGCCAGAUACGUCAUCAUCGUGGUUUGACAACAGCUUGAGCCUUGAGGAAUGCAAGACAAUGUGUUUGAAAAACUGUUCUUGCACUGCAUGUGCAAUUGCAAAUUUAGAUAUCACAUAUGGUGGAAGUGGUUGUUUACUUUGGUUUGACAACAUUGUGGACAUGACAAAACAUCCAGACAAAGGACAAGACAUUUACAUACGGCUGGCAUCUUCAGAAUUUGAUAAUAAAAAGAAUAAGAGUAACAUGAAGCUUGCUGGGACAAUAGCAGGGGUUAUUUCAUUCAUUAUAGGACUAACCGUUCUUGUAUUGGUCACAUCGGCAUAUAGAAAGAAGCUUGAACCAGGUUAUAUAAAAAAGUUAUUUCACUGGAAACACAAGGAAGAUGGUGACUUGGCAACAAUAUUUGAUUUUUCGACAAUCACUAGAGCAACAAAUAACUUCUCUAAUAGAAACAAAUUAGGACAAGGUGGUUUUGGACCAGUGUACAAGGGCAUAAUGGUAGAUGGCCAAGAGAUUGCUGUUAAGAGGCUUUCUAAAACAUCGGGACAAGGAACCGAGGAGUUCAAAAAUGAAGUACAAUUGAUGGCAACACUUCAACACCGUAAUCUUGUAAAACUUCUUGGUUGUUCAAUUCAACAAGAUGAAAAGUUGUUGAUCUACGAAUUCAUGCCCAACAGAAGCUUGGACUACUUCAUUUAUGAUACUACACGAAGUAAAUUACUAGAUUGGACAAAGCGCUUGGAAAUUAUUAAUGGGAUUGCUCGGGGGCUGCUGUAUCUGCAUCAGGAUUCUAGACUAAGAAUCAUACAUAGAGAUCUGAAGACAAGCAAUAUUCUUCUUGAUAUUGAUAUGAUCCCAAAGAUAUCAGAUUUUGGUUUAGCCAGAUCAUUUAUCGGAGACCAAGCUGAAGCUAAUACAAAUAGAGUCAUGGGAACAUAUGGAUAUAUGCCUCCCGAAUAUGCAGUGCAUGGAUCUUUCUCAAUAAAAUCUGAUGUUUUUAGCUUUGGAGUCGUUGUUCUUGAGAUAAUUAGCGGUAGGAAGAAUCGCGGAUUUUGUGACCCUCUACAUCAUCUAAACCUUCUUGGUCAUGCAUGGAGACUAUGGAUUGAAGACAGGGCAAAGGAGUUAAUACCUGACAUGUUAGGUGAUGAGGCCUUAUGUUCAAAAUUAAUAAGAUUUAUUCAUGUGGGUCUAUUGUGUGUACAACAGAAACCAGAAAAUAGGCCUAACAUGUCAUCUGUGGUUUAUAUGUUAAAGGGUGAAAAUUUACUUCCCAAACCAAGUGAACCCGGAUUCUAUGCAGGAAGUGAUAAUACAAAUAACACAGGAUCUUCAAAAGUGUGUUCAAUAAAUGAAGCUUCACUCUCAUUGUUAGAGGGCCGAUAGAAUGCCAUUGUGACACUGUUCAAAUGUGCUAAAAUUUGGUUUUGCCUAAUAUAAAUGUGUGUUGGAAUUUACCACCUGCAAAGUAGUUGAACUGCAAUGCAUUUGAUUUUGUGAUUUGUAGAUGAUCUAAUGUUUGGUUGUUUUCAAGAUUCUCAUGUAAUGUGUGGUUGGUUUUACUUCUAACUUGGAGAGGACAAGGAUUUUACAAAGUUAUGAAUUUUGUAUGACUAUAAA